AUGGCUCAGAUUCUGUAUUUCAGUCUUCUUGUCAUUGCUCUCUGUUCAUUAUCUGAAUGCUCUCAGCGCCGCUAUCACUAUAUAAACAUGAAGAUGAACUGGAAUGAAGCUCAGAGAUACUGCAGAGAGAACUACAAAGAUCUGGCCACAGUCAACAACAUCAAUGACAUGAACGAGCUGAUGAAGACUGUGAACAACAAUCAGGUGUAUGUCUGGAUUGGACUGAAGAGAACAGAUGGUUAUAAAUGGAAGUGGUCUCUGGGUGAUCCUGUCAAAUAUCUGAACUGGGAAACUGUAUCAUCGACGGACACACAUAACUGUACUGUUAUGAGAAAUGAAAAAUGGCUUCAGCAGGACUGUAAUGUGCCGUCACAGUUCAUCUGCUACAAUGACAACAGUAAAUCAUACAUCAUUGACACUUCUACUAAAACAUGGAGAAAAGCUCAGAGUUUCUGCAGACAGUUUCAUACUGAUCUGAUCACUGUGAGGAACCAGACUGACAAUCAACUGAUCCACAACAUCAUUAAUAAUCCUGAGAGAUCUGUCUGGAUUGGUCUGUUCAGAGACUCGUGGGAGUGGUCAGAUAACACUGACUCCGCCUUCAGAUACUGGAGGUCUGGUCAACCUGAUAAUUCUGGUGGUUCUGAAGAUUGUACACAGGUGAUAAUGUGGGAUCAGGGUCAAUGGAAUGAUGUACCCUGCAGAAACGCUUACACUUUGUGUCAUGAAGAUGAGCUGAUAUUGAUCCAGAAGAAUCUAAGCUGGACUGAAGCUGUGAGAUACUGCAGAGAGAAUCAUGUGGAUCUGGUUUCAGUUGAUUCACAGGAGAUUCAGCUCAUGGUGACUGAAGUUCUUCAUCAGGCCUCGACUGCUGAGGUGUGGAUGGGGUUACACUAUUACUGUCUCAUGAAUCUCUGGAUCUGGGUACGAGGAGAGGUCGUCUGCUAUCAGAAUUGGACUCCAGGGGUUCAGAUUCAACUGAAGGACUGCAGCGGUGAACACAGAGCUGGAGCGCUUCAGUCUGGAGGAGAUCAUCUCUGGAUCAGUCUUCCUCGAUCUCACAAACUCAACUUCAUCUGUACAAGGAAAGAGGUUCUGGUGGAGUUCAGCCGUAUAUCUGGCAAAAACCUGCAAAGGGAAUUCUUUCAAGAACUUGACCAUUUCCUUCAACGUUUCCUUGAUAUCUUCGAGGCCAAAGGGGGAGACAUUGGCUGUAAACUCAAGAAGAUUCCACAACAGGUUGACAAUAAUGAAAGUGAUGAUGAAGAAGGAAUCAAUUCAGUCAUACGCACAGAACAGGCCCCGCCUCCGCACAACACACUGUCACGGACGCUGAGCGAACUCUCUGACCGAACGCGCGCUUUUCAAACGGUCGCAGUCACUAUCAUCUCCUCACACAGUGGAAACGGUGGAGCCGGCUGGUCGGUGAAGACGGAACACGAUGACUACCUUGAGGCACAACAACUCUUGAAGAAAUCUCUGAUUUGUGACACAUCAGAUCUACAGUCUGAAGAGGAAGAGGAGGAGAUUCGAUCAAAGAGAAGGUCAAAGCCGAUUCAUUUCUUUGGAGACUCUGAUGAUGACAGUGAGAAGGAAGGUCAUCCUCAAAAAAAGAGAGCCAGGGGCCCAGCCAAACUCCUAACAACAGCUCCUGUUAUCUCACCACCUCCUUUUAUUGCAAGUAGCGGAACAGCUGCUCCUCCUCCACCCACUCCUCAACCCACUUCACCAACCGACUGUGCACCGACACCAGCAGAAGAACAAACCCCUUCUACAAGCAAGGUGUACAGACCUACCUGGCGGGGGGGGGGGGGAGAUGUGGAUCAGAUGGUAUUGCCUGCACUGCUGCAGAAGUACACAUCAUGAGAUUAUUGGAACUAAUAAAACAACAGCAGGAGCAAAUAAUUGCUAAAGUAAAUUAUUUGAUGAGCAAAUGGAACCCAGCAGCCCAAGCCAUGGAAAUGCCUGAAAACCCAGUUGAGUUUCCAUUAAAAUCGAUGGAGGAAGUGGAGAAAUUUGAGGAGUGGCUGAAAAAUCAUGCCAAUAAUCAAGUAAAGUCGACUGUGAUUUCCUCCCUGGCAACUAUUGGGGGCCAUGACACAAAACGUGUCACAUGAAACAUCCUUUCCCACAUGUUCCAUGAUGAUGUUGGGAGGAGGAUCAACUGGAAGGGCAUGAAUGGGAAAAAAAUCUUUCCAUCAGAUGGAGUCUAGGAAGUUCCUCCUGUGUGCUGUGAGAAAGAGCCAUGUCUCCCGUGCCGCCACUGAUGAUGACACCACAAUACAUGUGAUACGGUGGUUUAACCUGGCAUCAGACAGGGGAUCCGUCCCAGUGUCAGCACCCAACAGUAGUGUUUUACUGUUUAACUUUGUGUGUUCAGUGUUCGUUGCCAGUUAAGAUAAAGACAAGUGUACUUCUUUAAAAAGUAUUUUUUAAGUUUA